AUGCCUGUCAUCCAGCGCACCGCCGUGCGCGCUGCCAGCCGCUCCGCUCUCCGAGCCCGACAGAAUGCCGCCGCUCUUUCCACUGUCGCCCGCGCCGCUGUGAACGCUUCUUCCAGCGUCCGUGCUGCCGCCCCCAAGAUCGCCGUCGCUGCCGUCAAGCCCGCCGUCCAGGCCCGUGGUCUCGCCACCGAGGCCUCGCCCAAGGGUCAGACCGGUGCCGUCAAGACCGUCAUUGGUCCUGUCGUCGACGUUCAGUUCGACACCGAGGACCUCCCCUCUAUCUUCAACGCCCUCGAGGUCCAGAAUGUCGUCGGCGGUGGUCGUCUCGUUCUCGAAGUCGCCCAGCACCUGGGUGAGAACACUGUCCGAGCUAUUGCCAUGGAGGGUACCGAGGGUCUCGUUCGUGGCCAGAAGGUCGUCGACACUGGUCUUCCCAUUCAGAUCCCCGUCGGUCCCGGCACCCUUGGCCGUAUCAUGAACGUCAUUGGUGAGCCCAUGGACGAGCGUGGACCCAUCAAGGGCAACAAGCUCGCUCCCAUUCACGUCGAGCCCCCUGCGUUCGUCGACCAGUCCACCAAGGCCGAGGUCCUUGAGACCGGUAUCAAGGUCGUCGACCUCCUCGCCCCCUACGCCCGUGGUGGUAAGAUUGGCCUCUUCGGUGGUGCCGGUGUCGGAAAGACCGUGCUUAUCCAGGAGCUCAUCAACAACGUUGCCAAGGCCCACGGUGGUUACUCCGUCUUCACCGGUGUCGGUGAGCGUACCCGUGAGGGUAACGAUCUCUACCACGAGAUGAUCGAGACCGGUGUCAUCAACCUCCAGGGUGACUCCAAGGUCGCUCUCGUCUUCGGUCAGAUGAACGAGCCCCCUGGUGCCCGUGCCCGUGUCGCCCUUACCGGUCUCACCAUCGCCGAGUACUUCCGUGACGAGGAGGGCCAGGACGUGCUUCUCUUCAUCGACAACAUUUUCCGUUUCACCCAGGCCGGUUCCGAGACUUCGGCUCUUCUCGGUCGUAUCCCCUCCGCCGUAGGUUACCAGCCCACCCUCGCCACCGACAUGGGUGUCAUGCAGGAGCGAAUUACCACCACCAAGAAGGGUUCCAUUACCUCGGUACAGGCCGUAUACGUGCCCGCCGAUGACUUGACUGACCCUGCCCCCGCCACCACCUUCGCCCACUUGGACGCCACCACUGUGUUGUCCCGUGGUAUUGCCGAGCUUGGUAUCUACCCCGCUGUCGACCCUCUCGACUCCAAGUCGCGUAUGCUUGACCCUGCCGUUGUCGGUCGCGAGCACUACGACAUCGCCACCGGUGUCCAGAAGCUUCUCCAGGACUACAAGUCGCUCCAGGAUAUCAUUGCCAUUCUUGGUAUGGACGAGCUUUCCGAAGAGGACAAGCUCACCGUCGAGCGUGCCCGUAAGAUCCAGCGUUUCAUGAGCCAGCCUUUCGCUGUCGCCCAGGUCUUCACUGGUAUCGAGGGCAAGCUCGUCUCGCUCAAGGACACCAUCUCGGCCUGCAAGGAGAUCCUCCGUGGUGACCACGAUGCUCUCCCCGAGUCCGCUUUCUACAUGUGCGGUGGUAUCGACGAUGUCAAGAAGAAGGCCGAGGAGAUCGCCCGCAGCUCCUAA